AUGGACUCUGUGGCACAGCUGUUAGCACAGCUAGUCUUGUUAGCUCCACCUAACGCAUAUCAGCCAAUUAAUGAAGAUAGGGUUGAUAGGCUCACAAAGGCGAUCCUUGAAGGAAAGUAUGCCGACCUCAUUGAAAUCAGCGAUUUCAAAGAACUCUCUAGUUUGCCCUCCCUCCAAGCGAUUCUUGCUAGAUACCCCAAUGAGCCACUCUUGGAUGUUUUGAAAGAUUAUGUGACUGAAUUAGUAAAAAACGGCAGCAACUUACUUGGAGAAAGUUACUGGUUUAGUCUUGAAACAUAUGCAGUUGCAUUUUUACAGCUAUUCAUUCAAGUCAAUUAUACUGGUCCGCCUGUUAAUUUUAGUGCCGGCACCUUGUGGUUUCCACACGCGGAUCAACAACAAUUACAAACGGAUUGUGUGCGUGCGUUGGAUAUUGAAGGACAACAAGCUUACGAUUUGAUGCAAGACCCCAUCCAUUUGAUUGUUGCCAAAUUGAUUCUUGAGAAAUUGCUCAACUUGCCAGCAAAUUUCUCUUUAUCGUACCUGUCACUGGUGAUUGACUCGCUCGAUAAAACUAUGGAACUAUCCAAGAAUUUAGUUGACACUUCCAGUAGUCCAAAAGAUGCAUCAAUUAUAUGGUGGUUGGUGAGAGCAUUACAAGUUCACUCAAAUAUUCUUUCUGAGCCAUCGAGUGUGCUUUCGUCUAUAAGUGGUGUUUUGUUUAACGAAAAGAUAUUGACGCAUUUUUCAGCUAUUAAUCAAGAGCACCAAAAGUUACUUCGUACUCAGUUUUUGUUAGAACAAGCUCGUAUUCAUAUACAUGCACAGACUGAACACGCGGCAACUGCACCAUUGCUCAAAGCGACCGAGUUAUCUGGCCUUCAAAUUUUGCUUUCUGGUGCCAAGGCCAAAAGAACCAAGUUUCAAAAGUUCACAACCUCCAACUUGAUUGUGCUUGCCAAAAGUCAAGGAAAAACAGCUUACGAUGAUAGUGAAAAAGUGUCCCAUGAGACAUUUGACUUGAACUCUGAUUUGUUGUUGGAAAAGCCACAGUUUGAGACAUUAGAGGAUCUCCAACUGGAAGUUGAAGACACCAGUAAAAGAAUCAAACUCGAUUACGGGUCAAUCAAAAUCGACUUGGAGGAGAAUAGGUUGCUUCCCAUUGCCAUGAGGCAAGAGUAUAUUCCCGAGGCAUUGCGCGAAUUGGAUCCAAACAAUCAACCUGCAUUAAACUGUCUCGAUGUGUUACAGAUUCUUUUACGUUUCCAAGUUAUUAAACAAACCUCACCUGCGGACGACCCAUUGAUUAGCGAGGAACUUUUCGCUCUUGUUGCUAGAGUAAUUUAUCAUGCAGAUUCUGAUGGAGUGGAUGUCAAUUGGUUACUAUUUGCACGUGCGCUUUGGGAGAGAUCGUUAUUGGAAUCUGGCAAGUCAAGAACUGUCGAAAGAGGUAUUUUGCAAAUGACUUCCUUGAUUGAAGAGAUGGGACUCAAAAUCAAAUCAAGGGUGAUUCCUACUCUGAAAGAAGUAGAUGAACAGGAUCCACUUAUGGAAGCAUCAAAGAGACUAAGAUUUAUUCAUCAGUUGCCACUAUUGUCGCAAUGGGCCAUGGAUAUUAAGCUAGCUGAGAAAUAUAUGUCUCUUGGUAUUAUCAAGUCAGCUUUAGAAAUAUAUGAGCGUCUUGAACUCCCAUGCGAAGCUGCGUUGUGUUAUGCUGCUACUGACCGUGAAAGAGAAGCAGAGGAAAUCUUGGAAAAGAGAUUAGAGGAGAAUCCCAAGGAUGCUAGAGCAAUGUCGAUUCUUGGAGAUAUUAGACAAGAUCCAACUUUAUGGCAAAUGGCAUGGGAUACAGCUCAUUAUGCCAAAGCCAAGGCUUCCAUGUCGCACUACUACCACUCGCCCCCACCUUCUUCGGGACUUACAAGAGACUUGCAAUUGGCUAUAUCAAACAUGUUUGAGUCACUUAGUGCAAACCCUUUGAAUUACGAAAAUUGGUUCUUUUACGGCUGUUGUGGUCUUGAAGGUGGUAACUUUGAGCUUGCAUCAGAGGCAUUCACGCGAUGUGUAUCGCUUGACGAUUCCAACUCUUAUGCUUGGUCGAAUUUGGCUAGCGCGUUAAUCAAACUCGACAAAACAAAACCAGCUUUCAAUGCAUUGCAAAAGGCUAUUAGAUGCGGAGGUGAUAAAAAGUCGUGGAGAAUAUACGAAAACUAUUUGAAUGUUGCUGUCAAAUUGAAUGAGUGGAACGAUGUCUUGAUGGCGUACUGGGAAUUGCUUCAAAUUAGAAAAGACGAGGGAGACGGUGCGAUAGACAUUCCCGUGUUGGAGAAAUUGUCACAAAUAUUGUUAUCUUCAGACUAUCCUCAAGAUGAGUCAACCAGAUUGACGCAUUUCCAGAAAUCGUGUAUCAAAUUAAUCUGUGAGGCUAUACCGGAGAUUAUUACUUCCUCGGCCAGAUGUUGGAACAUUGUUGCUAGAGUCGAGUUGUGGCGAAAACGCCCAUGGGCUGCAUUAGAAUGCCACGAAAAGGCUUAUAGGGCAUUAUUGCAUAGUCCAGAUCUCGACUCGAAAGAAGAAACUUGGAAUGAAGUCGUUGAAGCUUGUGAGAAUCUUGUGAGUGCAUUUGAGUCACUUGGUGAACUUCCUGGUAAGCACGGUGCAGGAGAUGUGGUUUGUAAAGAUUGGAGAUACAAAGCUAGAAUGACUAUAAGGUCGCUUAUGUCUAAAGGUAAACACACUUGGGAGGACUCUGCUGGGUGGGAAAAAUUAGAGACAUUGAAAGAUGAUUUGAGUUAG